AUGACGUCUCCCUUCCUCGCCGCCUCAGGCCCCGACGACUACGCGUUCGUCCGCUGCGCCUCCGGCUGCGACUCCUGGGCCCCCCACCACGCCCGCCUCGACGGCGACUCUUAUCGCCUCUGCUCCUCCUGCGUCCUCCUCUCCAACCCCGAGGCCUACUGCUCCGCCUGCCUCCUCCUCCUCUUUCCCGGCGCCUACGCCGCCUCCUCCCGUGAAGCCCACAUCGACUUCUCGCCAGGCCCCACAGCCGCCUGCUCCAACUGCGGCGUCUUCGUCGCUCACCUCUCCUGCAUCGCGGACCCCUACUCCUUCAUCUGCCCGCCGUGCGCCGCCGCCGUCGGCAACAUGCCCUUCUCGUACGAUCACGCGGGAGUGGGGCGGCGCGCGCUGGAGGGGCGCUCCGCGCGCGUCCUCCUCACCGCGGCGCUGCUUUCGCACGAGUCCGCCUUGCACGACGCCGCCGCGGCCCGCGAGAAGGCGGAGCGUAGCCUACAGGAGGCCGCGGCCGCCCGGAGGCAAGCGCGCGCCAUGCUAGACGCCGCGUUUCGCGUCGCAGAGGCGGAGGCCUACAGGGACGCCAAGGAGCAGGCCACGCCGUCCGCGCCCGCAGUCGUGCAGCUUAAGAAGAAGACGCCUGAUACCAACGGGCACAAGAGGAAGACCCCCAAGAGCAACGAUGCCAACAGGGAGAGGGACAAGCUGCUCAAGUUCAACGACAUGCAGCAGCCGGCGCUGGCAUUUGCAGCGGCGGCUGCGGCCGCAGCCAGCUCAAUGCCAUCGCCGAUGCCAUCAUCAAGACUGAACCAGAGUCAAGUGAAACAGGAGGCCAUGCCAUUGCCGAUGCCGUCAUCGACAUUGGCCCGCGGAGGUUCAGCAGACAGAGCGGCGAAAGAUGAUUACAGGGCACUCUUCGGCACCUUGCAAUAG